AUGGUAGAACAGUCUGAGAGCCCCGAGGAGCAGCAGCAGCAGCAGCAGAGCACUGGGGUCUUGGGUCGUAUCGGGAGCUGGCUCUCCCCGUGGAGGGGAAAGAGUCCGCAGAGUCCCACUGAAAAUGCCUCCCCAACUAGUGAGCAGGCUCUGAAGUCAGUGGGAGAGCAGGAGCAGAGGAGUGAGGAGUCAGGGGAGCAACAGUGGGAGGAGAAGGAGAAGGAAAAGAGCUCCAAUCCGCUCCGUCUCUCCAGAGACAUUUUCCCCAGUGGAGAAGGGGACGCCACGCAGUCUGCCCACAGAGACGGGGCCGUUGUGAGCAGCACUGAGGGAGCUGAAGGAGGUCCAAAAGAGGAGGAGUUUGUGGAGUGCAGGAAGGAGAGAGCUGGGCAGGGCAGAGAGAGGGAGGAGAGCAGCAACGGUACUUCAGCGAGCGGGAAUCCUGAGAGGAAUGCCAGUCAUCUGACACAUCUCUCUGCAGCUCCGGAGCAGGGAGUGGUGUGGGACUCUGACCCAGCCCAGAUCCAGCCUCGGGCCCAGAGACGAGCACAGGCCCAGACAGGCAGGAGGCUCCAUGUGUACCUGGAGGAGACCAGCGUGAUCCAAUGUGGCCAAAACACCUGUGCUAGACAGGAAGUGGUUCGCACAAAAAAGAACCUAAAGGUGAUCGCCAAAACAAAGUCAUCCCCGAGUUUUGAUUUCACUUCAGAGAACAAAAGGACAGAUGUGAAGCCUGAUACUGAGGGAGAAAGUUAUUACAGCGCCCUGGUGGGAGUGUCACUGAAAUCACGCAAAGACUCGCUGCCGUCUGAACCUGAAGAACAAACAGAAAGCGACAGCAUGGGGCGUAAAAACGCAGCCAGGAGGAGGAUCAGGAAGAACUCUCAGGGAGAUGGAGCCACCAGCCCCCAGGAAAAAAUGCCUCCCAGCAGCCAACAUGCCCCAGAGGGAAUCCCUCCAUCAGAUAAAACAGUGACCAGUCCUCAGGGCAAAAGUCCAAAGACACACGUGGGAGAGUCCUCUAUAAACUCCUCCUCCGAGCACAAGCCCUCCCCUCAGGCCUCACCUGAAGGAGCAGAGAGUAAGACUUCCUGUCCCGGGACAGACGAGCAGUUGGACAACUUCCAGGACGCAAACUCGUUCAUUGCAGCCGCCGGGGCAUGUGUUGUUGAUGGGGCGGCAAAAAUGGAGGACGACGACAGUCUUUACAGAGUACAAAGGAAGACCGAGACGCCAGAGUCCAAACGCAGGAGUAUGAAGGUUUCUAAGAGUGAGGUGAAGCUUUUUACAAAAAACGUGCCUCUGAAACCAAAGCAAAGUCCAGCGGGAGACACCCAGGAACUCACAGCAGCGUUAAAGAAUAACAAAGAUGAAGAGAAGGAAAAGCCAAGAACAGAGAUUCAUGCCAGACCACCCGAGCUGAAGAAAAUUGAUGAGGAGCCUAAGCCAGAGGUUAAAGGUCGCAUUGCGGAUAAAAUCAACCUCUUUGAGCGGCCGGCAGCAGGGUUCAAAACGACGUUUAAAACCCCGAGGAGUGCCGAUGUCUCCCCAGUCAGGAAACCCACGGAAAGAGUCAAAGCUGAUUUUGUGUCGACAGAAAGGUCAAGAUCAGCCGAGCGUUACGCCACAGCCAGGACCGGCUCCAGCUCUGUGUCACCCCUCAGGGAGAAGACGAUGACGAUCAAAGAGCGAGUUAAGAACUUCACAGAGGCGUCGAAAACACAGGAACGGCCAUCGCUGCCUCACAAACCAGCCAUGACAGGAAUGUCUCAAAAAUCCACCACGUCUGUCGCAGUUGCUUCAUCAAAGUCACCGGAACUGGACAAUCAGGGUAAACCGGAUACUAAAGAGCAAAUACAAACAAAAGCAAAGUCAGAGAUAGCACUGAAACCAGACGGGCGGGAUACCACCACUGAAGGGGGGAAGAUUUCCAUUCCUAAAGAGAAACCAACAGACUCCAAAACAAACGACACAGUGGACUCUAAAGCUGCCGAUCUGGGUGCGAAACCUGCCAGUGUUGAAGCAGAUGUGGCGUCUAAAGGGACAGAUGAUUCUGCAGAAAUGACCAAUUGCAUUAGCCCAAAGUCCAAAGGCCCAAGCAGGACAGGCUCCCGCUCUAAAAGAAGAAAAAGUAAGGAGCCAACCAGUCCGCUCAGCCCAAAUAGUGAAAGCAAAGCAGAUUGCUUUCCAUGUAAACCAGAGAUCACUGCUAUUAAACAACAGGAGGAUAUUACAGAGGAGGCUGCCUCUGCCUCCAAACAACUCACAGAGAAAGUCUCAUUACCGUCGGAUAAAGGAAAUGCAUCAGACAAACAGCUUGAUAUGAAACAGAAAGCAUUAAAGGAGGAAUCGGAGGUGUUAGACAAGCAGAAGAAACAGUUAGAUUACACAUUUAAAAAGGAGAAUAAGGACAAAGCGGUUAACAGACAGGAGGGACUGCCUGAACCAUCUGUCAACCAAGAUGAACCUGAUACUGCUGCUGGUAGCGGCGGAACAAAGACACCAAUUGACAAGAAUGUCGUUAUUUUACCCCAAAAGAAGGAAAAGACAGGGGGACACAGUCUCUUAUUGAAAGAAAAGAGCUCCAAGGAAAGCAAAGAAACUUCCACCUCCUCCCCCUCACCUAAGGUUGAACAACCCAGGAGUAAGAAGACUCCUUCGAAGGAGCAAGAGCCACCUGUUGAACACCCGAAAUUAGAUAAAGAGUCAAAAAGUAAAGGAAAAGUAAUAGAGCCGAAUAAAAAAGAAACACAGCAGCCACCCAAAAAGGACGUAGAAGUAAUAAGUCAGGUUGUGUGUAAAGAUGUGGAGAUAUUAGAGAAGGUGGAGGGGAAAAAAACAAAUCAGACUGAGAAGAAAAACAAAGAAAAACCGCCGCAGCUCCAGGAUUCAGAUAAAAAUACCACAAAAGCCAAAGUUUCAGACAGCAGACAAGACGUCUCAGGUAGAGAGGGGAGUGCUGCAGGAGAUGAGAGAAAAGAUGAGACACAAGCAAUUAAAGUCAUAGAAAAACCAGAAACAAUCCAAGCAGAACCAGCCUCGCAGUCCCCAAAAAAGACCAGUGUAACAUCACACCUCCCUGCUCAAAAACAAGAUGCCACACUCAGCAAGACUACACUUCCAGAAAAAGAUGUUUGUAGCGCCUCUAAUGAGGCUGUGGUCCAGAGUGAGAAAGGGACAUCACAGGGAGGAAAAGCAGCAAAUGUGUCCUCUGAGUUGGAAACAAAGUCCACAAAAAGCCGCGGGUCAGAGGCCGGGCCAGAACUACAGCCUCAUUCUGUAUCAGUGGAAAAAACAAAGAAUCCACCAGAUGACUCAUGUACACAUGGAGCUAAUGAUGCGCAAUCCUCCAGCUCUGACUCCAUUACCAGAACAACCAAGGCAGCUGAGAAAGUGUCUGUAAAAGCCACUGAUUGCACUCCAGCGCUGAUAACUGCACAGGCUGAUAAUCUGUCAGAAAACCAAUCAUCUGUUAAAGAGUCGGCUCCUAUUUCUGUCUCGAAAUCCGCAAGCAUUAAAAGAGCAGGGGAGGAUGAUGGGGGGAAAGGUUUAACUGUCAGAUCAAUGCCUUCUCAAGUCAAAGUAUCAGGAGAUGUAAUGAAACCGGCUCCGAGACAGUGUGAGGAAUCAAAAGGUUCAGAGAGUACAAGUGGUAUCACUUCACUUAAGGGCGCAGAAGAGAUAGCAAAGAGCCCGUUUGAUAGCGCAGCUUCUAGCUCUGCAGUUAGCGUAGAGAAAAAAGCUGAGAAAACACCAGUGAAAAAACCUGUUGCUAAUGGCGACAUCUCACAUCUCACAACAGUUAAAAAGGAACCGGUCGAUAAGCCGAGUCAGUCUCCAAAAGCAACCACUUCCCCACAGGCUAACAAGCUGAUCUCAGGCUCAACCCAGCGUGCACCUAUGAAGAAGCUGCCUUUUCCAAGGGGACUAAGCAAAGAUGAUUCCAUGACGGGGCAAGAUGCCCCCUCUAGCUGGCUGGAUGUGGACUUUCCCAAACGGAGGCUCAAAGUCUCCGAACCCAAACUGAGCUACUCCGGAAGCGAGAGCAAUCUCCUGGACACGGCCGACGACCUGGACGACGAUGAUUUCGUUGAGAAAAUCAAAAAGCUUUGCGCCCCGUUCUCCCUCCCGCCGCGUAAACACAACCACAUCCGUCCCCCUCAGCCGCCAUUCGCCAUGCCCGCCAUCAGGGAGGACCGCUUCGAGAAGCAGUUCGACCCAGAUGAGUUUAAAUUCGGCUUGAGGAAGAAGAGUAAGUUCUCUGUAGAUACAGGUCCCAGCCUCUUACUCCACAACAAGGAGGCUAAACCUGCCCUGAAGCCAGCCAGGGCCAGUCUGGCGGACAGGAGCUUGCUGCUCAGCAGCCUGGACACCCACUCCCGGCUCCGAGACCGGACCCCCGACCGAGAGGAGGACGGUGUAAAGGAGGAGAAAGACGAGCAGGUGAAGGUGAAGUCUCGCCUGGAGGGGAGCUGCGUCCUCAGCAGCCUCAGCUCCUCCAUCCUCAGAGGGAAAAGGAAUGGAUUCCAGGCGGAGGGCACCAGCUCUGGGGAUGUGUCACCAAGCGAAAGCCCCCAGCUAAGCCCCCCGCCGCCCAGCCCGACCACCACAGCUCCACUCAGAGACACACAGGCCCUCAGCAACAGAGAGGAAGCCCAGGCUGCCCAGGCUGCGGUCGGUGACUCAGGCCCUCCACUUCCCUCCUUUAACGACUUCAAGCUGCCGGACUAUUUAGAGAAGUACCUCCCCCGAGAGCCAGCGAAGCCAGCGCAGAGCACACAAGGACAGGAGCGAGUCAAAACAGAGGUUAUUGGUAAAAUGACGACCCCAGCGUCUGCAGGUGAAGCAGACCUGGCUGUGAAAGCAGCACCUUUGCCUCCACGUUUCCCUGAGAUCCCACAGCCUGAACUCCCGGAGCUGAAGCCGCCUGCGGCUCAGCCUCAGAGCACGCUUAGGCAUAAAAUAAGGACUGCCAAGGGAUUUCACAAGCGCCCUGGAAAGAUGGUGUUGUUUGAGAAAGCUCCGUUCAGCGGCCAGGCACAUGAGAUUUACCGGGACGUAGCAGAUGCUACUUCUCUGCAGCUCUCGCCUCUCAUAUCGGUGAAGGUUGUUAGAGGAUGCUGGCUGUUGUACGAGAAGCCUGACUUCCAGGGACGCACCAUCGCCCUGGAGGAGGGCGGGAUGGAGUUGGCCAAUGUGUGGGCGGAGCCAGGGCCGGAGACAGACAACAACCCGCCGAUGCAGAUCGGCUCGAUUCGUCUUGCUGUCGGGGAUUACAGCCUCCCACAUAUUGAUCUGUUUACUGAACCGGAGGGCCACGGCAGAGUAACACCUUACCACGACGACACAAUAGAGACGGGCUCGUUCGGCAUCCCACUGAGCACCGCUUCCAUCCGAGUGCACUCGGGGGUGUGGCUGGUGUGCAGUGACCCCGGCUUCCAGGGUCUGGUAGCAGUGCUGGAGAAAGGAGAGUACCCUUUUCCUGAGACGUGGGGCUUUCCAUCCCCCUUUGUUGGAUCUCUGAGACCACUUAAAAUGGGUGGUUUCAAAGUGGAGAAUCCCAAUGAAGUCAAGGCGGUGCUGUAUGAGAAGUCUGGCCUUGAGGGCUCCAGUCUGGAGAUCGACAGUGACGUUUACAGCUUUUGUGAGAGUGAAGAAGACGUCACUGCUGAUGGAGGAAACUCUGACUCAGCCAAACUGAAGUCUGUGGGUUCUCUAAAGAUCAUCGGAGGACUCUGGGUGGGAUACAGCGAGCCUGGGUUUGAAGGGCAGCAGCACAUCCUGGAGGAAGGAGAGUACCUGGACUGCAGCGACUGGGGAGGAUCAGAGGAACUGCUGUCGCUGAGACCAGUCGUGGCUGAUUUCAUGUCUCCACACCUCAAAAUGUUCAGCGACAGAGAUUUCGGCGAGCUGGGUAUCAACAUUGACCUCACAGUGCCUGUUAUCAACAUGGACGACACAGGCUACGGCGUGAAGACGCAGUCAGUGGACGUCAUCGGUGGCGUCUGGGUUGUGUUCGAGGACCCGGGGUUUUGUGGCGAGAGCUACAUCCUGGAGAAAGGCCUGUAUGGAAGCCCAGAGGACUGGGGGGGGCUGCAGCCCAGGGUCGCCUCAGCAAUGCCUGUUGUGCUGGAUGAUUUCGAGAACACGGCCAAGUUCAAGGUGCAGCUUUUCUCUGAUCCAGGUUUUCAAGGCUCCAUCCUCCCUCUGGAGGACAAUGUGACCUCCCUGCAGGACGGUUUCUCUGUGGCCUCAUGCAAGGUCCUCGCUGGGAGCUGGCUGGCGUAUGAGGACCAGGACUUCUCUGGCAGGAUGUACGUGUUAGAAGUGGGGAGCUACCCAGACCUGCGAGCCAUGGGCUGCAUCAGCGCCAGCUCCUCCAUCCUGUCGCUACAGACUGUUGGCUUUGAGUUUUCGCUGCCAUCAAUCACCCUGUUUGAGCGGAGCGGUCUGCGGGGGAAGAGGGUGGUUCUGACGGACGGAUCAGUCAACCUGCAGCUGGCUGGAGGCUGCAGCCGGGUCCAGUCUGUGCUGGUGCAGGGAGGGAUGUGGGUUUUAUACGAGGGAAUCAACUAUCGGGGGCCUCAGAUUCUGCUGAGACCAGGUGAGGUUCUGGACUGGCACAAGUUCAGCAGCUGGCAGAAAAUCGGAUCCCUUCGCCCUCUAAUACAGAAGCGAGUUCACUUCCGUUUAAGGAACAGAAAGACGGGGCUCUUUAUGUCAGUGACCGGAGAUUUGGAUGAUGUCAAACUGAUGCGGAUCCAAGAAGCAGAGGAGACGGACGGACUGGAGCAGAUCUGGUUCUACCAGAACGGACAUCUCCACUGCAAGCUGCUGGAGGAGUGCUGCCUGAGUCCCAGCGGCAGCGUGACCAUGGCAGGAAGCCGCGUUGGUUUCACCCCGGAGCCAGACAACCACCUGCACCUCUGGAGCAUCACCCCCGAGGGCUUCAUCCACUACAGCCCCAGCCCAGACCUGGUCCUGGAGGUCAAAGGAGGUCCUCACUACGACAAAAACCAAGUGAUUCUACAAACUCUGGAUCCGGCUAAACUCCAGCAGCGGUGGGAUGUGGAGGUUUUAUGAGAAGACAGGAGCUGCUGGACUGAAUCACUAAUAUUGUUAUCAGAGGAUCUCUCCAGCAGACAAAGGCUGGAGGCGAGCUACGUCACUGGAGACGCUCAGCUUCUGCUGCAGGACCACAGACUAUUUCCAAUGAGGUCAACAAGGAGCUGAGGAUUCAUUUAUUACAAUGGAUUUCUACCCGGAGACAAGCCUGACCUCUAAAUCCUUCCUAUCUUACACUUAAAAUAUACCCUAAGGCUUUUUUUUUUUGCUUUUGCUGAUGUUAAUUAACUUAAACAGUGUUAACACUUCUAUAUUUUUAUGCAAAGUCUUGUUUUUAUAUAUAUAUAUGGCUUAAUUUUCCAGCUGCAUGCAACAUGAAGAAACAGAAAAAUACAGUUUCUCGUCUUUUUUUUUUUGCAUUGUUUAAUCAAAAUUGCACCGCACAAAACUCUUCUGUUUGCAGAAUAAUAAAAGUAUUUUUGUCAAUAAAUUUUCUUAUGUACAGGAAACUGACAUGCACUUUGUUUACAAACAAUGUACAGACUAAAUGCAAAAUGCUUCCGA